AUGAAUAAUUCAUGGCUAAACCUUACUAAUCAAUCAGUUAUAAAUGAAAAUGAUGAACGUUUUAAUUUUCAAUCAACUUCGGAAGACUUCUUUACUCGUGAAGGUGAACGAUUCAUGCGUGAAGAUCCUAUGUUACCAUUUUCAAAUUCUAUUCUGACUGAUAUAACACAAAGUCAAGAUCAAUCGUGGUCGAAUGAAUUAAAUCCAGGUAGUCCUGGUUGUUCAACAACAACUUUUUUUAUGGCUAAAUCAUCAACACCUGAUGAAAUGCUCGAUGCACUUCUUGCUGGACAAACGGAUGGAAUUGGAACAAAAGAAAAUCAUCAAUCACAAGCUUUUCGAAAUAUGGGUACAGGAUGGGAUGAACCAUCAUUAUUUAAUAAAAAAUCAGCUAGUGGAAUUAAUUUGCGUCUUCACAAAGAUUCACCUUUUAAUGAAAAUUGUAAUACCAUUGUUAAAAAAUCUAAGACUGUAUUGUCAGCAUUACAACCUACCAAAGGCGAAGUGAGUCGUUCAUUAUUUGAAGUAAAACCAACAUCGACAUCGACUAGUGUUAAUUGUGAUAUGCUCGAUCUAACAACAAAUAGUAAUAAUAAUCGUCGACAUAGCUUAGAUUUAUCUGAUAGUAUGUCAAUACUUUCACUUCAUUGCCGCCAUGGUCAUCAUCUAAAUGGAAAUAUUUAUUCGAAUUUGAGCUCGAAUACAGAUGUAUCAACAGUUAAUACUGAAACUCAAACGUCUCAAUUAGCAGGAUCAUCAUCGUCGUCUUCGACAAGUUCAACGUGUACUCAAAUUCAUCAAAAACAGCAACAGCAAUCACAACAGCAACAACCACAACAGCAUUUAUUUCCAUCAGCUCAUUUUCCACCAUGGCCAUCACAACAUCCUCAACCUCUAUUUUAUCCAGUAGUUUCUUAUCAUCCUAUUUAUUCUUAUGCACCAACAAAUUCAACAGCCAUUCAACAUCAAUCAGCACCACUUUGUAUUCAUCCACCACCAACAACUAUUAGCAGUUCAUCAGAUAUUUACAGUCAACAUCAUGAUAUCAAUAGUCCAAUUAUUACUUCACUUCAUAGUCAACCAAGUGAUGAUAAAUCAUCAACAACAUCUUUUCAACGCAACAGUCGUUCAUCAUCGUCAUCAUUACUGUCAGCUAAUUCACAACGUUUGAGUCAACAUCAAUUGACUGAACAACAUGAUCAUUGGUGGCUUGAUAUUCCAUCAACUAAAAUAUUUCGUAUGCCAUCAUGUUAUGCUAAACAGACAAGUUCAAUUGAUGUGCCUAUUAAAAAUAAUGGUUCCGUUGAUAUCACAUUAUCGAUCAAUAUUCAUAAAUGGGAUAUAAUCUCAGAUUCGAGUUCAACAUUAAAUGAGCAUAAUCAAAUAAUUCCAUUUCAAUUAGACAAAACUGAAUAUAUGAUUAAAUCACAACAAGAUAUUAUGAUUAAAGUAUAUUUUUGUCCAUUUCAAACAGGCAAUUAUCAAUGUAAACUGAAUAUGAAAUGUCAAUUUUGUCCUCCACAUCAAUCUAUAUUAUCAGCAUCACUUGUUACAUUAGUUGGUGUUUGCCAUGAUCUACGAAAUGAACAUCCAGUAUUACUUUCAUCAACAAAAGAACAACAACGAAAAUUGGAUGAACAAUUUACUAGUCGAACAUCAUCUCAAAGUCAAGUAUCAGAUAUGUCAUUAGCAUCUACAACAGCUCAAAGUGAUGGUGACCUUACGUCAACUAGUCAACAUCGACAAAAAGAUGCUAUACUUGAUAUUGCUAAUCAGAUUGGUAUUGAACAAAAUAUACUUGAUUUUGGUCAAGUUUUUAUUAAUGAUGAUUUAACAACAAAUUCCAAAACUCUUAAAUUAACAAUUAAAAAUUAUAGUCGAUCGGAUCCAUGCGAUGCUGAUAUAACUGAACCACAUUUACCAUUUUGUAUUAGUGUACGUCGUGCUACAAUUAGAGAAAAAUCAUUUGUUAAAUUAACAUGUAAAUUUCGUCCAAAAAAAAUUGGUCUCUAUAGUGAAAAUGUUAUAUUAACAAUAAAACGACGAAAUAAUUUUAAAACAACCAUUACAUUAACUGGUCGAUGUAUUAUGGGAAGUAUGAACACAAUCUUGCAUGAUUCAAUGGAAAAUGAAGAAUAG